AGACCCGGGUGAACAUGUGGGUGAGGAGGAGGGAGAGAGAGAGCGAGCGGAGGCCUUCACUCCCUCUUCUGUUCUCUCUGUGUUUCUCUCUCAUUAUGUCUGAAGCAGCAGGAGGGAAACUGGCGUCGGUGGAUUUUGAAAUCUUCGGUCACGUUCAGGGAACAGACUCAGCUGUGCAGCAGGAUUUCACUGCACGUUCACUGCAGCUCUGCAGCAAAAUUAUUGCAAACUCACCUGAAAACACAGAGUCUGUUUCAGAAUGUACACAGAGCAGGAGGGUCUGCGGCUGGGCCUGGUCGGCUGGGUGAAGAACACCCACAGUGGGACGGUGCUGGGACAAGUCCAGGGUCCUGCAGACCUGGUGGAGGAGAUGAAGGUGUGGCUGAGUAAAGAAGGAAGUCCGUCCAGUCGUAUCACCAGAGCUUCCUUCAGCAACCAGAGGUCCAUCAACAAGCUGGAGCUCUCCGGCUUCAACACUCGCUUCUGACCACAAAACCAAACGCACCCUGAAGUCCUGGAGAAAGAAACACAGUUAAAACAUGCGUGUUAUAAGUAUACGUUGUUUCAGGCUGUUUGUUUCUGUCCUAUAAUGAAUGUUUGGGGAAAUAGAUUGUUGUUAAAUUAAUAUAAACUCGUCUAAAAUACGUUCAUAGAUAAAUUACUGUUUGUUAAUAAUUUAUUGUUUAUUGUACAUCAGAGGUGUCAACAGUCAGAUCCACUGCUGUUGAAGCCACAGUGUCUAUAAACCACAUGUGAUUACAGUCUGAUGUCACUGUGUGAUGUAAACAAACACAACCCAGCGACAGGUGUCGUUACGCAACGUCACGUGACCCGAUCACCUGCCAUCUGAUCCAAUUAAACCACAGCGAGGGGAAUUCCUGAUCGGCUGCCACGGCAACGAAAAACCCUGACACAGCAGGAACAGAGAGUGUUUGUGUGUGUGUGUGUACAUGCAUGUGUGUUUGUGUGUGUGUGUGCGCUCAGAGACCAGCUCCCCGAGGAAAAGAACGCCUUGUCGUCAUGCCAACUCGCCUUAAGACAUUACUCACACACACACAAUCAGGACACGAGAGGCGGAGGUGUUAGUUGUUGGGAUCUUAAAGUAAUGACAUACUUACAUAACACUACACACACACACACACACACACACACACACACACACACACACACACACUGGACAGACAGCUGACCCUUCAUCACUGUCAUGCAAACUGUGUGUGUGUGUGUGUGAGAGCGGAGGAGGAGGAGGAAGAGGAAGAGGAGGGGUGAUGGAGUAUAAUCUCAGCAGCUCUCUGUCCCUUUAAUUCUCCUGAAGCCUCUGGACACAUAGAAACUGAACAUUGUCAGUUUAUUAGGAACGCCUGCAGCAGCUGGACUCACAGAGUCUGAGGCAACAGUCCGACCUCCAGAGGUGUGAUUAGUCUUCAUGGUCAUUUCAGUCGACACAAUCAUAGACUGUAUAAACAUGGCUGCAGACACCUGCUCCAAAAAGUGAAGCCAAUGGAAAAGUGCCUGAAACCCGUAUUGUGUGUAGUGACCAGCAGGGGGCGACUCCACUGGUUGUUUCUUUAGAAAUCUAUGAGAAAAUGACUCUACUUCUCACUUUAUAACGUCGGUAAAAUUUUUCCUAAGGAGAUUAUGUCGCACUCUCUACUUUCAUAGUGUGAUUGACAGCUAGUACCGUCCAAUGAGUGCAGAUGGGAGGUGGAGGUGGGCGUGCAGUGUCUUUGUGCUCUCAGUCAGGCUCCGCCCCUGCUCCUCCAAAUAUGGUUUCAAGAAAACAAAAUGUCGAACUGAUGCCUCACUGGCUCGCAAACCAACAGCUGACGUCACGGAGGGUUGAUGCUUGACUGUAGUUUCUUUUUGUUUGUCCUGUUGUUUGACGAUGGAUGUCAGCGUGUCCGAAAACGUGCACGUUGUCCAAAUAUUUAAACAAUAUCGCGUCUCCACCCUCACGGGUCCGAGCGUCUGGGACGAGCAAAGAGUUUCUCACAGCGUCUGAGUGUGUGUGUGUGUGGGGGGCGCUGCAGUUUGUGCAUUUUUCUAAAAUAAACAAUCUGAUAACAAAACACAAACGCUGUUUGAACGUGGCUGUUCAAAGCGGUUUUUAAACUCUUUGACCUCGGACGUGAUAGUUUCUUCAUCUGGACUCAGCUCUGAUCCUGAACAGACAAAUUCACCUCAACCACUCGUCAAUCAGAUCAAUACGUGAGAAUUCAUAAUUAAAAAGUUGACAUAAUAACUUGAGUUUUAGCUGCAUCCAGAUUGAUUUCUGUCAUUUCUUGGCUGAUGUUUGUAUUUACACUUUUCCUGCUGAAACAAAGUAAACUUGUCUUUAUAAAACAUGUGAAUCAGA